AUGAUUUGCUUUAUAGUGCCGAUUGAAGAACUUAUCAAAUGGCAUAAAAGACAGACGAUAGCGGAACCCCGCGACUUACCAUUAUGCGGAAAACGUAAUACCCACCCGUGCGGUAUAGAAUUUCGUGAGAGUUACAUUCGUUCACCGCCCGUCACGGGCUGUGUGCAACGAGAAGAUAGUGAAUAUAGAGUGAGGGAGAGAGAGAAAGGGAAAGAAAGAAAGAAGAUGUUAGGAAGAAAGAAAAAUCCGAUGACAGUUGCACUGUUACAGAGAGCUGGCAAAACGCAGGGUUUAUUUGAGGGGAUGCCACAACCAGGCGUAGUGAUCAAUGGAUUUAUCGCGAUUGAUAAAUUCACGAAGGAUGAUGCCAUCAAGUAUUAUUUCCUAACACAUGCACACUCCGAUCAUUAUGGUGCUAUCGAUAAUAAGUGGAAUAAUGGUACUAUAUACUGUUCACCUGUAACCGCUCAUGUUCUUCCAGUCGUUACUCAGCGACCGAGAUCAAAACGUGGUGGAAUUCAGAGUCACUUAAUUCAUGCUCUGGAUCUAAAUAUUUGGCAUCAUAUGGAUGGCUUCUCAGUGAUGCUAUUAGAUGCAAAUCAUAUUCCUGGUUCUGUUAUGUUUCUCUUUGAAGGUGAUCGAAUAUCAAAUGGUCGGAUUCUUUUUACAGGUGAUUUUCGAGCUGAUGUUCGAUUUUAUCAAAAUGUAUUUGCGAUAUCGGUUUUGCAGGAGAUGAGUCUUAACACAAUAUACUUGGAUACUACAUACAUUAAUUGCACGCGAGAAGAAUUUCCUAAUCGAGAAGCUUCAUUAGUUGAAAUAUGCAGCGUUCUGCGCGAAUUAUUAUUUGAUGGUUCUAAACCAGUAACAAUUAUGGUCCCGAAAAUUGGCCGAGAGCAAUUACUUGUUGACAUAGCAAUCGAAUUCAAAUGCAAGAUAUGGAUUGAUCAUAUUCGCUUCCAAGUAGCCGAAAUUCUUGGGUUAAAUGAAUAUUUCACAACAGAAAAGGCAGAAACAUCUAUUUGGACCUGUACAAGGCAAAAUAUUCGUUCAAUUCUCUAUGAUACAAAUGUUCAUGUCAUCGAUACCUCCAUGUUACGGCAUAUCAACCCUACUAUAAUCAUUGAUGACGAAAGGAUGCGCUAUGUUGAAUAUUCAGACCACAGCAGCCCUAAUGAAAUACGUAGCUUUCUUUCUCAACUUUCAUUUUCUCAAGUUAUCGGACUAUCAAUACAGUUGUCGCAAGCACAGACUGAAGAACUCGAACGGCUUAGUUUGAUGGGUUUUAGUGACAUAUUAAUAAGAACUGAGACUGAUGACAAUAUUGCUGAAAACGAAUUAUCGGGAUUGGCUUCAUCAAUCAUUCAGAGCAGAAUUGGAUUGGCUUACGAUCGUGCACUAAGAGAUGUUUUUGAUACUGAGGUACUGCAGUGCACAACUAACUAUGGUCAGAACCAGGAAUUAAAUGCAGCUGACAAUGCACGACUUGAAAUCGGCGAAGAAAAUAUGAAUAUAGUUUCUACUGAAACGAUACUAGGAGCAGAUAUGCCAGUAAAAAAUGUACAACAUAAUAUGUUGUCGAGUGAAAUAAUUGCCAAAUCAGAUGAAAAGCUUCAAAGAGUUGAGAAAGAGAUUAAGAAAGAUGCAAAAGAUUCAAUAGAAGCUAUUAAUGGUGAGGGUGAUUAUAUUUUCAAUUUGGCAAUGAGGAAGAUUACACGAGCUGAUUACACGAAUCUGACAACACGUAUUUCUAUGGAAUUGAAUAAUAAUGAAAAUGCAGAGGAGGAUAAUCCAUUGUAUGAAUUUUGGAAUGAAGUAAAUUUCUCAAAAGAAAUAAAAAAUUUGGAUGAUCUCAGUGAAAAAUAUCGCGAGGCUGUGAAUAUUAUGGCAGAAAUGCAAAUAGUUCAUGAUAUAAAUUUACCCUACAAUGCCCAAGAACAUGUCAUUUAUGACGCUUCAAGAGCACCAGCUUCGAUAGAUAUUCCUCUCGAGUGGUUGAAUGAAUCAGUAGAACGUCUUUUCCUUCACUUGGCUUUAAUCAACGAUGAUUCGAAAUUAGAAGCAUUUACUCGGAAGCACUUACUUGAUAUUAUACAAUGCACUUCUGCGGGCGAAGUUGAAGUCCGAAAUAAAGGAAUGGAAAUAUUGACACAUUUAAAUCGUCGAAUCAAAAGCAAUCCAAUGAUAACAUUACCGUUGGAUGAUAUCUUACAUUAUUUAUUGUCCUCAGAAGAAAACAUUUUAGGAACGAAUUUUGCAAUAGUUUAUCUUAAAAUAGCAUUGGAUCGUGUGGAUAUUAAAGAGCACAUUACUCUUCUUCCAAAUCUUCUAGAUAUUUUGCUGAAAUACAUAAACGAGAGAAAGAUAUUUGACCAACUUAUUGUUCUAACUAAACGUGCUUGGAUAUCUAUUGCCAAUGUAAAUCAGCAAGCAUGGCCAUCACUAGAGUCUUUGCAAAAUAAGCCAGUCAGAUCGGAAAUAUUAAAAUUUUUUUCGGACGUGCUAUAUUUCCCAAACUGGAGCGAAAAGAGAAAUAUGACCACAUUCUUGGAUAACUUUUGUGAUCAUCCAUGCAUCUCAAAAAAUGGAUUUCUCCGAAUUGCUAAAGAUGUCUUAAGUGAAUCCAAAGUUAGCAUUACUGCGUUAAAGUUAGCUGUAAUAAAGAUAGUGUCAUCAAAAAUUUUUACUGAGGCCGAGAUAUUACCACUUUUGAUUGGAGCCACCGCACUUGGCCCUAGUGACGUUGAAGUAGCUGGUGAUGUUGCUAUCAAAAAGAUUGAUUUGGAAAAAGUUCUGAGAAAUAAAGACACAGUGAACAGUUUAUUCAAUUUAUACCUCGGUUUAUCUUCUCAGAAAAUGGAUAAAAGAGAUAGAGUUUUGCCGGCUACGAUUCCUAUUAAGUUAAAGUUAAUGCCUCUACUAAUGAGAUCCCCUGUUGCGGUUCAAACCUUUCCAUAUAAUAUUAAGAUAGCAUUUGAUGGUUUAUUCAGCAAGGAAGAUUUUGUUGAAAAUAAACCUCUCAAAUUGCAACAAGCAAGCAUCGAGUUUUUGUUGCUUAUUGUGAAAAAUUUUCCUGCGAAUGCUUUGCCGACGUUUGGCCCAGUAAUAUUUUCUUCGAUAAGAAAACUAAUUGAUCAAAGUGAGUCCGCAAGUGUUGUUGCUACAGCUUAUCAAUGUUUUGGUAUUAUUGGUUCCAAAGUUCCGCAGCUGGUUGUAAAUGAUAUGGCUCUGUUGCAGGAAACGUUUGAUGCCAUACCAUCGGCGCCAGAAGAAGUAUCUUUUGCAAUAGCAGAUUGCUUAAUGAGUUGGUUACCUGCUUUUUGCGCGAUAAAUGAUGUUGCUUUAAGUGGUGUUCUGGAAGCCCUCAUUUCUUCAUAUAUUAUUCACGAAUCACCUAAAUGUCGUCUUGCUGCUCUAAAAUUUGUUGAAACAUUGGUGAAAACACCGUCGCUGGAAUUCCGCUGGAUGCUUUGUCGAACUUGUGGAGAUCCGAGGGAUGAAAUGAAGCGCGAAGCUUUGCGUCUACUGGAUUUAUCAGUUGCAAAUCCCACGACGAUUCCUAGAUUUGAAGAUUUGAUCGAAUUUGUUCACCGAAAAUUGAAUUUACAAGAUGCUGCUGGAGAUAUGGACUUUUCAACUGCUGAAGCAAAGAAGAAGAAAGAAACCUUUGCUGAUGAAGUGUUUCAUGUUUCGGCUCUUUAUUUGUAUGCCAAUUUACAAGUUGCUUGUUCGCUACAGCCGAUCUCGCUAACAGAAGCGGAUAUUUUUUCAAGAACAUCAGAUUAUCCUGUUAUCAAUAAUUAUCUGUUUUCAAUCACUGAAGAGCAUCCCGAAAAUUUACAUUUCUUGUUAGAAAUAGUUUUGAAGGCAGUUGAAGCGCAACCAGCUAACUUUUUGAUCGAAAUAGCUUGUUUGUUCUUGUACAGUGGAAUUGGAAAUUUAGAUCAUAAUUACCAAACAACGAUUGUUUUGUCGUUAGAACGUCACCUGAAUUUGAAUUCCCAGAUAACUGUUUGUGCAAAACUUUCUCAACUUUAUAGUUUGAUUCUGAGCGAUAUAGAAAAAAAGAAAUGUUUAGAACGAUGUUUGGAACAACUGGACAGUCAUGAUGAGUUACUGGUUAAAGUCCCAUGGCUCUGUUCAUAUUUGGCAACUCAGCCAUUUGUAGACAUCACUGCUGGUGAAAUUAACAGAAUUAAAGUUUGCCUAGUGAAUGUGAUCGAAACACUGUCUGCACAACAAUACUUUGAAGCAGCAUGUGGCUCACUGGCAGAAUUGCUAAGAAGAGCUAUCUUCAGUCUCAGUAAAGUAGAAAAGACUAAUUUCGUUUCAUCAAUUUCGGAUAAUCAGUUUUAUUCGCUCUGUGAAUUGCUGGGGAAGAUAGCAGCAUCUCGAAAGGAUACUUUAACAUCAAAAGUGAAGGAGUCAGCAGUGCAAUGUCUUGGUUUUCUUUCACUGCACAGCUUGCCAACUAUUUUAUAUGAAAAAAUCUUGGCUCACUUAUUUGCAUGUGGUGAAAUAGCAACUCAAUUAGAACUACAGUUUACAGUUGGCAAUGCGCUCUUCGACGCUGCUUUCGGUGAAAGUUCUCCAUCUCGUAGAAAUAUUUUCACUGAGACGGAGGAACAUUUUCUGGAAAAGAACUUAUCUGCCGCUGAAUGGGAUAUUAUUGAAAAGAAAGUAGCGAAUUUAUUGAAAGUUCUAAAUGCCAAAUUACGUCAUGCAAAUCGUCAUUUGCGGCAAGCUUCGCUUAUUUGGUUGUUUACUUUGGUGAAGCGAUGCGCUGUCAUGAGGCUUACUUGCAUAAUGAGCAACUUAAGCUGUAUUCAACAUGCUUUCAUCAAUGGUUUAACGGAAACAAACGAGUUCUCGCAGGAAGUUGCGAGCGAGGGCAUUGGUGUUAUUUUUGAAUUGGGCUCUGAAGAGCAGAAGAAAGUAAUGGUUGAAGAACUGAUUAAUACAUUGUCAGCUGGCCAAAAACGAGUCGAUCCAGUUGGACCGGAUACUGUUUUGUUCGCGAAGGGUGAAUUGGGUACUUCGCCAACGGGGGAAAAUUUAACAACUUAUAAAGAACUCUGUAGUUUGGCCACGGAUUUGAAUCAACCGGAUCUCAUAUAUAAAUUUAUGCAGCUUGCAAAUUACAAUAUUUUGUGGAAUUCCAAGAAAAUAAGUUUUCUUUUCAAAUUUACUUUCGGUGCAGCUUUCGGUUUCAGUAUUAUAAUGCAAAAGGCAAAAAGUGCAAUAGAGCCAUAUUUGGCGCAGUUGGUGCCCAAACUGUACAGAUACCGAUACGAUCCUGAUUUGAAAGUCCAAAGCGCUAUGCGUUCAAUUUGGCAGGCGAUCACAGCUUCCAAGAAGAGUGUAGUUGAAGAAUAUGCAAAUGCCAUUUUCAAUGAGCUUAAAUUAACCCUUACAGAUCCUCAGUGGCGAACGCGUGAGUCGAGUUGUCUGGCGUUGGCAGACUUGCUCAGUGCACAUUGUACUAAUGAAAUGGUGGAACAUUUUGAUCAACUUUUCGAAAUAUUGUACCGAGUGCAGGAUGAUAUAAAGGAAUCAGUUCGAAUGGCAGCACGACGCGCUCUGUCAAAUCUCAUUAAAGCUACUCUAUGCAGAUGUUCUCUAGUCAAUGGUUGCAAAGCUACUCGAUUGCUUGGGAUAAUACUUCCUGUUAUUGUUGAGAAGGGAGUUCGAUCGAGCGUCAAAAGUAAUAAAAUGUUGAGCCUAAAAAUGAUCAUGGACAUUGCAAAGGAAGCUGGUUCGACACUGCAGGAACAUGUAAAUAUAAUAGUGCCAUGUUUGCUAGAUUCACUGAGUGAAGAGGAGUCAACAGUUCUAAAUUAUCUUGCUGCUAGAUCAAGCUUAGAUGAACUAGAAAUGCUGGACUCAGCUCGUAUGUCAGCAGCACAUAGUUCUCCCAUGAUGAGUGCUCUUCGUUACGUUGUACCAUAUAUCGAUAAAGAUGUUUUUAAUUCUUUGGGUGAUAAGUUGGUCGAUCAAUUACGCUCUAGUGUUGGCGUGACAACACGUACCGGAAGUUGUCAGUUUAUCAUCGAUUUGUGCUUUCAGCGUCAGGAUCUGAUGAUGGCUUGUCAAUCGUCAUGUGAUAAAAUAGUACGCGUUCUUCUUAAUGGCCUAAAUGAUCGUAAUCCAGUAAUCAAAAAACAGUUUUCAUCUUGCUUAUCAUAUUUGUUGCCUUUUUCUUCGAAAAAAGAAGUAAAUCGGAUUAUGGAUUAUAUAAAACAGAAAUUACGAAGUGAACAAGAUGAAGAGAAAGUGACCGUGUUGCAUCUUUUGCGUUUUCUAUCAAGAAAUAGUGAAAUUCUUUCUAAUUCACUGAUCGAUAUUGUUCCAUUUAUAUUUCUUUAUAAGUGUCAGGAAGUUGCCAAAGAUGAUGAAGCGGGGAAAAAGAUGCUUGAAAUGUGGGAUGAAUUAUGGUCCGAAUUAGUUCCAGAUACUUCGUCUGCCAUACGUUUGUAUCGUGAGGAAAUGAUUGAGAUGGCUUUGGUUACACUAAACACAAGUUCUGUUUUUGCAUUGAAAACACAAGCAGCAAAGGUACUUGCAGCAAUUGCUGAAUCUGGUGUUCUCAAGGAUGAUGUUAACUGUGCUGAAAUGCUCUAUGAUAAUUUAACAAGCGUGCUACACGGCCGAAUAUGGGACGGCAAAGAAAAGGUAAUCGAAGCAAUCAGUGCUUUAUUACGUUCAGCAGGGAAAAUUUUAGCCUCAAAGUGGGACGAAACUACUGUUAAGACGAAAUUUUUACCUUUAUGGGAGCAGUGUUCGAAAAAAAAUGAGAAAUAUAGCGGAGAGGCUAUUCUGUGUGCUGCAGUGUUUUGCGAAAUGACCGGUUGUAAUAAUAUUGCUCAACAACUAAUGGCAUGUGUCUGUAAUAUCAUAAGCUUCAAUAAUUCAGAGCCGAGUUCCGACAAUAUUACCAGCGACGUAAGUGAUACAAAUAAUUUGAAAGCUCAUGAUUAUCUGGUGAAGAUUGUGCCGACAAUUGCUCAUUUGUUAUUAUCUUUUCAUGGAGUCGAAUUGUCUAAUCAUGUUGAGCAGGCAGUGAGUUUGUUAAAAUCCGAUAUAUUUUGGAAAGUGAAGCGAGCACUUAUUAUUGAACUACCGUAUUUCAUAGAGAGAUGCUCAUCGCACAUUGAUUUCACUGCUUUAUUCUUGGCCGUUGGUUUGCUUCUAAUUGAAAAUGAUAUCGCGCAGCGACGUACAUUUGCUCGGCAGUGUUGCAUCGUUCUGGAAUAUGUGGUUAGGCAAGCACAGAGCAGGAGAUGUAUUUUGUCGCUGCGUAAGCACAAGGAUUUCGUUGAAACACUGAUGAAAACUUCAAUUGUGAACUCAUCCUCAUUACUUGAUGAUUUACCAAAGUACGAAUAG